AUGGACUUUGCGACUUUUACACUCAGUCGUUACACCCUUUACCACCUCGGCAACGCACAUUUGAAGGAACAAAUAGCGGUGACUCGUUUGAAGAUGGUCAAAUACCGGUGCUCGCAAUGUCCUCUCGAAAUCUUCACCAGCGACGCGAUGAUCCAUCACCGAACAAAAUGCAGUGGAACAUACAUCGAGUUGCCGGCGUUUAUCGGCAUGAAGGCACUCGACGAAUUUCGGCGUCUCUGCGAUGAGGCAUUUCAACAAAAGAGGAAUCGCAAAAUGGAGGUCUUUCGC